CUCUGGAGGAAACACGGGAUCGAUUAGAUUAGCUUAUGACGAAUAUCCUCCAAGUGCUCUUGCUUAGGUUCACGCAUGUCAUCAUGGAAACCCGCAGAAUUCCCGUUUCAAUCAUGACCGUCUCUCAGUGCAGACGACAUGGAGACAAAUAUGCCGGUUGAGAGAGGGAGACGCCCACGCGUAGCUCAGGCAUGUAACACCUGUCGAGCGAAAAAGUACAAGUGCGAUGGGCAUAUUCCAUGUUCUCAUUGUCGAAGACAGGGCCGAGAAUGCAUCUUCCAGAGGGAGCCGAACGGUACUGUGAGACGUUCCGAGUAUUCCAUCCGAUAUGUAAAGGAGUUGGAGGAGUCUCUCGAACGGGCUAAGGCUGCACUUCGUCUUCUAGGAACCUCACAGCAACACGAAACGGACUUGACACCAACCGGAAACACCGCGCCAGAGGCUGGAGCACAGCCGUCACUUCAGAACGUACCACGCCCAAUCCAUGGGGAGAAUCAAAGCGACUCUUCUAUCUCCAGAGCAGCGGCGGGGGCUCCCACGGGCGAUCAGAACAAGGACAUCGCGGAAAAUAGCCCCGAUGAAGUCAUGGACAUCAACGGUUCGACAAGGAGUUUCGAGUUCCACGGUCCAACAUCGUCGCUAGCAUUUCUUUACCGCCUGGUGAAGAUGAAGGAAAGCAGUUCAAACAAUGGAUGUGGUAGGCAUCCUGCUCCUGGGUUUGCCAAUCGACAGGUCAUUAGCGAGUUUCAAAACGAAGCCUUCAUGAAGUUGCGAGAAAGUCCGAACUUGGUCGAAGAGAACUACUAUCCGCUCCACGCGUUACUCUUUAUUGACAGCUACUUUAAAACCCUGCAUUACGUGUAUCCCAUUAUCGAUCAAAACGUGUUCCUUGAGCGUUGCCAUUCGCUCUGGACUGGUCAUGGAAUACCAAUCCACCAGAGCUUCAAGGCGUUGUACUUUGCGGUAUUGUCACUUGGUGUGCUGACCCGGACUUGGACCGAAGGCUCCAUUAACGGAAUGGAUAGGAAUGCGUGGACUCUUACGCUGUUCGAAAGAGCCGAGUUGACGAUGGGCAGGCCAGGAUCGUUGAACGACUUAGAAGCAAUCCAGGCUUUAAUCAUCAUGUCACAAGUCUGUCAGCACCAACUGAAUCCAAACUUGGCAUAUACAUACCUAGGAACCGCUCUCCGGACGGCUUUCUCAACGGGUAUUAAUCGACUAGCACAGUUCCGCGAGCGUGGUUUUCCACAGGACUCUCCCAGUCUUGUCGUAUCUCGAACAUGGUGGGCCCUCUAUUCCUUGGAAACGGAGUCUAGCUUCAACAUAAGUAGACCCGACAUACUCGGAUUGGACUCCUACCACAACAGACUGCCGCCAUCGAUCAGCGAACCCAACGAGACGGAAACUACCAUUAUCCCAGCAAUGCUCGGGCUGUCUCGAAUCCUGCGACAAAUCUCAAAGAACAUCUACUGGGAACCCACUGGUCUCUCAGAGAAACUUCAAAGAGCCAGCGAGUACGAACACGAUUUGAGCACUUGGCUAGCGCGACUUCCAGCCAACAUUCGACCUAAUUCGCGCUCGGAAACAACAAAUCCACGCUUGAUGCUCGACAACCACUGCUGGCCAGAGUUGCAAAUGCUCGUGCUCAAUUUGAGAUAUUUACAUGCACGAAUCGUCCUCUUCUACUUGUUCUUCCUACAUGGGCAAAGGGGCCUCCGGAACGGAAAAGAAGUGGAACGGCUCACCGCCUACGCCCAAAAUUGUAAAGAUGCCGCGGUAGACAUCAUCAAGUCCAUUCACUCGGCAUACCGUAUGCAUCAUUUCUUCCGAUCCUGGUGGAAUAAUACAACAUACCUCACCUUCGGCCUAUCAAUCAUCUUGUCUGCGUUUUAUCACGAACCGGUGACGACACGCCCAUAUUCGGCAAAUUUGUUAUACAUAAAUCAAGCCAUCGAAAUCCUUGGAGCCAUGGAGGAGUGCCGAGUGGCUCGAAAUAUUGGGAAAUUCGCCCGUGAGCUGGUCGGUGAACUCCUCGCCGGCCAAAUGGAUGGAGGAUCAGGAUCGCAAACAGCUUCAGCUCCGCUAGAACCUUCAGUUCCAUGGUUAGCCGAUGGUUUUAGCGAUCCUCACUUUGAAUUCAAUGUCUUUGACGAGAAUUUUCCCAUGUGGCUCGACGACGUGGAGCAAGAUGUGAGUGCCAGUGGGAUUCAAGGGUUAAGUAGGGGUGACAUUGUAUAGAGAUGAGGUAUGUAGAAA